CAUUGCAUUAGCAUACCAGCAACUGCGCUACGUGAGGUUUUAAAUAAAGACAUCAACGUGCAAUAUUUUGCAUAGCGUUAGCGUGCCAGCAACUGCGCUAGUUUCCCCAAUAUUAAUUAACGUCAUUAUGACGUACUUAUCAAGCUGGUAAUAUUAUAAUGAUAAUAUUAUAAUUAUAGCAUUCUUUGAUUGAUGGGCAUUAGUUAAGAAAUUGAUUGACAAGGAUAACUGUUAUCAGGAAUCGAAAUACUUAGAACAAAGGAAGCUAUAGAUUAAGAUAUUUUAAUCCAUAUUCAUUCCACGUUAUAUAACGUUACCUUCAAGUGUCUAUCAUCAAAAUAUAGACAAAGAGGGGGUGGAACAGACUAUUUUCAAACUCUGUACAGAUUGUUGUUAUAUACUCAGAUGCGAACAGUAGUGCCAGUUCAAAAGGUUUCAACAUGUUCGUUUUCUACCACACAAUAACAUUAGUGGGAUUAACGUUGCUGCAGUUUCAUUCAGCUGCAGAACCUGAAGCUGGUGGUCUCCAGGAAUCGUCUCUUGUGGUUUCACAUGUGCUUUUCAGACAUGGAAACAGGACUCCAGAAUUGACAGAGUUGUAUCCUAAAGACCCAUACCUGAAUGAGCGUUAUUAUCCAUAUGGACGAGGUCAACUUACUAAGGCUGGAAAACGGAAAGAAUUUAACAUCGGAUCCACCUUGAGGAGCAGAUAUAGGAACUUUCUAGGAGAUUUUUAUCUACCAGAUAUGGUCGAAGCACUAUCUACAGAUUACAAUAGGACAAAAAUGUCGCUGGAAUUGGUUCUAGCGUCACUGUUCACACCUAACAAGGAUCAGAUGUUCGAAAAUGGACUUUACUGGCAACCUGUGCCUUAUAACUACUUACCAAAGAAUAAGGAUCCGGUGAGUAUAUUCCUUGAAUUUGAACAAUUGCGUGUAUGUGUACAUAUACGUAUCUACUUAUGUGGAAAGCUUAGGGUGUACCAUACAUACCAUACUAGACUUCCGAUUAUAAAAAGCGGUCCAGCGAUAUAG